AUGAAGGAUUCGGAGAUUAAAGUCUUCAUCCUCUCAACACGAGCUGGUGGUUUGGGUCUCAAUUUACAGACUGCAGAUGCGGUUGUCAUCUUCGAUAGAAUUCCCCACGCUGAUCUUCAGGCUCAAGAUCGUGCUCACCAUAUCGGCCAGGCCAAGGCUGUCCGAAUCCUCCGUUUCAUCACAGAGAAGAGUGUCGAAGAAGCCAUGUAUGCUCGUGCGCGAUACAAGCUCGAUAUCGACGACAAGGAAGAGCAGGAAGAAUUCUUGGUGGCGUCCAUCCUCGAAGCAGGCCAAGAGGAAGAGAACGAAGAAGCUGCUGACAUGAACUCAACGAGAUAUCGUCAAGAAAUGACUGAGGAGGUUGAGGUUUUCCGCUUGAUGGAUCUUCAGCGAGAACGGGAUGCGUUGGACGCACGGCGUGCGGUCGGCAACAGAGGGAAACCGCCAUUGCCCCUCAUGCAGCUUGAAGAGCUGCCUGAGUACUAUCAGACGGAUGAACCGUCCGAGCCAAAGGAGAUUGGUGAUGCUAUCGAGGGUCGUGGUCACCGUCAUCGCAGUGUCGUCAAUUAUAACGACAGUCUCAGUGAUGAGCAGUGGACGAUGGCUGUGGAGGAUGGCGAGGAUCUGCAGGAACUCGUUGAUCGUGCCCGUGGCAAGAAAGAACGACGGGCUACCAACAAGCUUCUCAAGGAAACCGAUACACCUGGUCGUAAUACUCCAGCGUCAGACGUGGGUGUUGGGCGCAAGGGGAAGAAGGGCAAGGGCAAGAUGACUACCAACGACUACGACACACCUGGUGUGGCUGGCAAGCGGAAACGUGGGAUGAAGUCGAUGACGACGACGAAGAGCGUGACACUGAAACGACGGAAAACGAAGGCGGGUGACAUGUCGCCUGCAAUAAGGGAUAAGAUGAAGAAGGCUUUCAACGAGGUUCUCAGAGCGGUUCUUGCUUGUGAAGACAAAGAUGGCCGGAAACGCUGCGAACUUUUCCGGGAGCUCCCCGACAGGAGAGAUUACUCCGAUUAUUAUCAGUUAAUCACGCAUCCGAUCGCCUUGUCCCUACUUCGAAAGCGGAGUAACACUGGACAUUACAAGAGUAUCACGCACUACAAAGAGGACUGGAAGCUCACGUAUAACCAAGAGGGCUCGUGGGUAUACAUAGAUGCUGAGGAGAUGGAAAAAGUGUUCCACGACACGCUGGAGAGAGUCACUGCGGGGACGGGACUACCUGGUGCCUCACCAGCUCUAGGUGGACCGUCAAGCUCUGCAGCAUAUGACUCGGCGCUUACGCCUAUGGACGAGGAUGAGCGGCCGCAGCGGGGCAGGCUCGGAGUGCUGGUCGCAAACAGGUGA